AUGAGCAGACAGGCUUGGACCGACGAGGAUGUUCGAGCAUCCAUUAUCCCACAGAAGGAGUUCCCGACAUGCUCCUAUCGCAGAGGAACUCGUCUGGGCCGAGGUGGAUAUGCCAACGUUUACAAGGUACUCAACGUCAAAACCGGGGGCCUAUUCGCUGGCAAGGUCUCUCCUGAGCACGUCAGUCACCUACGAAAGGAAGCCAGAAACCUGACCAGACUCAACCAUUCCCAAAUUGUCAAGUUCAUCGACUACUGUGAAGACAAGACCAACCCAGCCGCUAACGUCCUCGUUAUGGAGCUCUGUGCUGGUGGCAGUCUGCAAGACAAGAUCCACGACAAUCCCGGAGGUCUUACGCGCAAAGACAACUUGCAAGUCAUGCUCCAGGUUGGACAGGCCGUCGAGUACCUUCACGGCAAAGGUUACUUCCAUGGAGAUCUCAAACCACGAAACAUCCUCAUCCGAUCCUGGUCUCCCAUCGAUGUUGUCGUCGGCGACUGCGCAGAAGUUAUGAAAAUCGAUCAUAUCAACUGCCACAAACAGCCUCACGGAACCCGCUCAUACUGCGAUGACAUUUGGGCGCUCGGAAUCUCACUUCUCGGAAUGAUGGCCCAGUGGCCUCAUUAUCUUAUGAAGGAGGAGAGAGUCUAUCCGCGAAAGUGCGCCACGCACGCGCGAAAUCUGGACAAGCUGAAUCCUGGCCACGAUCUCGUCCAGGUUCUGUUGCGCCUCCUGGAAUGGGACCACAACAGGCGAAUCACCGCUUCUGAGCUGGUGAAGCUGACGGCUGAGCGUCUGGAGGCUCACCCCAAUUUUGUCGAGGAGCUGAAGUCUCCUGAGGGCUUUCAGCCUUUGCAGUUCUGGUAG